AUGGAGCCUACAACCCCCGAGACUCACACCCACAAGUCUCCCUCGAACAAGGCCGAUUUUGAUAUUGAGGAACAGCCUGAACCUCCCCAAAAGCGAAUCCUCAAAACCAACAAAAGCUACAGGGAUGAGUGGAGGUAUGGUUCCAAGGCACGCGUGGUGAAGUAUUACGCCGUGCAUUCCAUGGCUCAUUGA